UCCUUUGAUAUUAUAUAGGAAGGGGAGAGAGAAUGGAUGAGAUUAAUCACUUUAUGCAUCAAAAACAUUCAUUGAAGUUUAUCGAAAACUUAGAGGUGAUUGUCAGAAUUGGUGAUGAUAACAAUGAUAAGAAAGGCAUCGUCCAUUGUCAUGGAUGUCAAGAACCCAUAUCGGAUGGCUCUGCGUAUGGUUGUAUCUCAUGUCAGUACUUUCUGCAUAAGAAAUGUGGAGAACUAAGACGUGUUAUCAAUCACCAUAUCCAUCCGUUGCACCCUCUUAUGCUUGUCGACCAUGGUGAUCUAGAAUGGACUUGUGACGUGUGUCGUAAGGAAAGCCUAGUAGGAGGUUUCAGCUACUACUGUAUGCAGUGUAACUUUGAUGCAUGUACAAACUGUGGUGUUGCUAUUCCAUGCAAGGAGGAAGARYUGAUCAGGUUUCAACAUGAAGGUCAUCCACAACAUACUUUAACCCUCCAGUCGAGACCUGCGUCUUUCCUCUGUGACGCUUGUCAUUCUAAGGAUGAAGACUUACUUUAUCUAUGUGAAGAUUGUGAUUUCUGGAUCCACAAGACUUGUACUUCCUUGGCGCCUACUAUCAAUCUACCCUAUCACCAUAAACAUCCUCUCGUUCUCGUCUAUUCACUUCCAGACAAUUUCUAUAGAUUUGAAUAUUUUUGUGAGUUUUGUAACACAUACAUCCUACGAAAUGGUUGGUUGUAUCAUUGUGCAAAUUGUAGAUAUUUUGCCCACAUUAAGUGUGCCUUUAAUGCAGAGCAAUCAUCUAUUCCAAGUGAUCCUCUAGGUACAUCUGUUGCUGAAGAACACGUAAAUGAUGUUCUGCAAUUUCCCAUGUCAUUUGCAUUCACAGAUCCACUAAAAUUACUUCAUUUGGAAAAAUUAUCUCCAGAUGAUGAUGGUGAAGCAGAGAUUAACCAUUGGAGUCAUGAUCAUCCAUUGAUCCUUAACGUUGAACCCCGAGGUAACAACAUAACCAACAUUGGUUGUAGUGAUCCAAUAGAGGUAUGUCAUGGGUGUGUACGACCCCUCUCCCUUCCAUACUACAGUUGCAAAAAUGGAUGUUUAUUUACUCUCCAUAAAUAUUGUGCUAAGUUACCACUCACAUUAGAACAUCAACUUCACCCGGAUCAUUCACUAAACCUGGUCGACACCUAUAAAGAUGUGAACUACUAUACAUGCAAUGGUUGUUUUUGCAACGGCAACAGAUUUGUUUACACGUGUGAAACUUGCAGGUUCUGUCUAGAUGUAAAUUGUGCAUUUUUACCUAACACAAUCAAACAUAUAUCUGACAAACAUCCUCUUAUCCAAGUUAUUGAUCCCAUCACUCGUUGUAAGGCAUGUUACAAAUUGUUUGAUGGUAUAAGCUUUGCUUGCAAGUCUUGUAAGUUCCGAUUAGACGUGUUUUGUGCUCUAUGGUCUCCACGUUUCCUUACUCAUAGGUAUUGCAAAGGACAUGAAAUCCCAUUGACAUAUCCCCCAGUCGAAGAUCAUCCUGAAGAUUUUUAUUGUGAUAUUUGCGAGGAGGAAAUGCACCCCAAGCGCCCACAAUAUCACUGUCACAAAUGCAAAAAUUCCUUUCACCUUAAGUGCAUUAAUCGAAUCGACUGUUAUGCAAAUGUCAAGGAGGAGGGCACUAUCAAUGUUUCUUAUCACAAACACCCAUUAACAUUUGUUCGAAGAGAGAGAACGUCCAUAUAUGUGUGUUUUGGCUGUAAUCUGGAUAUUAACGGUCAUUUGAUUCUUGAGUGUCGGACUGGAACAUGUCCCUUUAGAAUAUGUCAACGAUGUCAUUUAAAAGAACCCAAAUAAAUCUCAUUUGUCCCAUGCCACAUUAUUGUAGCGUAUAU